UCGCAAGGGUUCUGGUUAUCGUGUGAGUGAGAGGGGCCGUGUGUUCGGCCUAUUCCGUGAUCGUCCGUGAUUCCGUGCAAUCCGUAACGGUCAGUAACUUCAGCGAACGUCAGUUCAGUUCUGGGGAAGGGAAGGUAGUGAUCGGAAGUGAACGUGCGGUUUGAAUGUGUGGUGGGGGCCGUGGGGGCUGUGGAGCUGGUGAAGAGAAUGGAGCCCAUUUGUUUGCAUGAAAGGUUCUGGAGAAAAUCAUGACAUUUUACACACUGAACCAAGUUAAGGGCAUGCCAAUAUCCAGAAUCCAGAACUCUCUUUCUCUUCCAUGCCAAUGGUUAGACUGGAAGUGGCUCCAGAAUGUUCGAUGGAUGAAUGAAAAGGCAAGCCCAAAUCGGGCGUACAUUCCGACACCCAUUGAGCACAUAGCAAAUGUUGUGACACAUGGGGUGUGGGUGUUCCCAAGUGUGCUGGCCAGCCUGGAACUUAUAGAGAGAGCCAUCAGUUGGCCACAGUAUUGGUCUGCAUUGGUAUAUGGCUCUGCUCUCAUUCUUCUCUUCACAGUCUCCACAUUCUUUCAUUCUGUGUUCUACUGCAACUCCAAUAUGCAGUUGAAGGACAUGUUACAUCGUGGUGAUAGAGCGAUGAUAUAUGUCUUCAUAGCCGCAUCAUACUUCCCAUGGCUCACCAUACAGCCAUUUCCUCUAACUGGUUGGACUGCUGAGUUGUGGUGGAUAGUAUGGGUUCUUGCAUCACUUGGUAUCCUGUACCAGCAAUUGUUCCAUGAACGAUACAAAUGUCUGGAAACUUUCUUUUAUCUUCUCAUGGGCAUUGUACCAUCCAUAGCUAUAAUUAGUAUGCAUGAUUUCUCGGGUCUGACUGAACUGAAGAUUGGAGGGCUCCUCUAUAUUCUUGGUGUUGUAUUUUUUAAAGCAGAUGGUAAGAUACCUUGUGCACAUGCCAUCUGGCAUAUAUUUGUUGUCCUGGCAGCUGGUGUUCAUUACUAUGCCAUACUCAACUAUCUUUACCCAACAGAGGUGACACAAGGUAGUAACCCUUAAGUUAUUGUUGCCAAUAUGUAAAAUAAAUUCCAUAGCUUUAAAACAAUAGUCUUUCACAUGAGUGGAGUGAAGAUGUUUUUAUUAGUGUUAUUGUUGAAUAUUGUUUGUUAAACCUGUACAUGAGUGCCUGCAGUUGGGCUUAUUUUACUACAAGGGUAAUGUUAAAUAGUUUAUAACAUUUGCAGUUGAGUAAAUAUUUUGUGAGAAGAAGAAUCACACAUGAUGGCGGAGAGUGCACAAGUCAUACAGACAUGUGUUUUAUACAUAAUUGUAGAGAGAGCAGAAAAAAUAAUUGUUUUUACUUUCUCAAGGUAAGCCAAUAUGAAUAUGAGUUACAGUUUCUGGUUAUUAAAAGAAUUACAGACAUGGAAUAUUGAUAAUAUAUUAACCCUACAGUACCUGCCAUUUUAGAUUAUCAAAGCUUCUGUGAUUUCAUUCCUAACUGUACUUCAGCUAAAAUGGUAGUAGAUGUCACAAGCUGUCAAGUACGGCACUUCUUGUAAAGGCUGAAGUUUUGAUAUGGACAUCACAUGCACCUGUGUAAGGUUAGAAUUUUUGUUACUUUGUACUUGUAGUGUUAAAAAUACAUAUAACUAAUUAUAAAUCACAUGAACUUGCAAAUAUCUGACCAUACAUUCACCACCAUACCUGAUCCCUAGCAUAAGGUGCAGCUACCAUGUUGGUUUAAAAUAAGUGAUCCUCCUUUGUUCUCCAUUAUCUACCAUUAUAAAGCCGUUGUACACAUAUUAAAAAUUGUUUGACUAAAAAGUUUUCUGAAACAGCUUCUGUUCAAUAGAAACUAAUAUAUUUACAUGAAAGAUGAAUGUGUUUGAAAAUGUGUAAGGCUGAUGUACAUGUAAUUUGAAUUUUAAAUGGUCAUUCAAUUUUAAAACUGAGCUCUCUUACAUAACUCUGACAGAUACUCAAAUUUGUAAAAGAGGUAGUUUUUAAUAAGUUGAUAGUUGAAUUUAUUUUAAACAUGAUAUGUACUUCCUUGACAUUGAAUAGGAAGCUGGUUAUAAUACCAGUUGUAGUAAUGAGCAUCUAGUACCAUACAGAAUGAUUAUGGAGUAGCCUUUCACAAUAUGUAAAUAGCCUUGAACAUACUGGGUAGCAGAGGCAAUUCAUUAGGGAGAUCUGAGAACACCUAGUAAAAUUAAAUGAAGAUAACAAAUGAAAGAAGUUGUAUAUCUGUCCUGUAUGUAUGCUCAGCCACAGUUUCUGUGCUGCAUAUGUUGCAGCUUAAAUCAAUAAUUUGUAAUUCCCACAAAAAUAUAAUGAAUUUGAAUCCAGGUUUAAUCUAUAAAGG